AUGAAGUGUUUGGUUGUUUUAAAAAACGUGCUGGCGGUUUCCGAAGCUGAAAAAGAGCUGAUAGACGUGGUGGAAAAAUACUACGACGUAGAAGUAGCAGACAACUCCGUUAUGCUAGAAAACCAAAAAGGGUACAGCGGGAGCAGAUAUUCCGUUAUUAUAACGUCAGGCGGGGACGGAACAGUGCUCAAGACCCUGUCCAUAUGCACAAGAAAAUUAGCCUCUCUCCAGAGCGCAAAAUACACAGACCACAUUUCCAAAAACGGAUGGCCAAUGUGGGUUGAUAAGAUCGAGAGAGAUGGAUCGUUUGUGCGCGCAGAUACAAUUCUGCCCAUUGUAUUCGCAUUUGACUGCGGAGUCAGAGGAAGACUGUGCCCCAUCAAGAAACAUCUGUUCAAAAAGGGCCAGAGUCUGCUGGUUGAUCUACUAAACUCCAUGAAACAGGACAAUUUUGAAGUAGUAGAUAAUUUUUACACAAAUAACACGAUAAGAAGAUCAAGGUUUAUUGUCAACAAGAGCGUGCAUGUGUCCAACGAGAUAUACGUAUACUCUAGAGAAAAAGGGUUCCUAAGCGUGCUUGAUAUUAGCGUAAAUUCGCAGACGGUCUACAAAAAUAUUCGGUGUGAUGGGCUGAUUAUAAGCACAGGCACAGGAUCAAGCGGAUAUAACGCGUCUGCAGGAGGGCCUAUUCUGCACAAUAACGUAGAUGCGGUUGUAAUCACAGCGGUGUCAGCAGCAGACAAAAAAGUCUCGCCAAUCGUUAUCAGUCUGCACGACUCUGAGGUGCGCAUACAAAACUCUUUUGAAGGACAGAGUUUGUUCGCUGUCAUCGACGGGUGUCUGCAGGUGGAAGAGACUGCAUUUGCAAUUGCAAAGUCCGAUUACGGAGCCAUUUAUUUUGCUGAUGUAACAUCCAGUAAAAUACAUAAUGAUUUUUUGUGUGCUAUACAGGAGUAA